AUGUUACGUAUGACAGAGGCUUCGAUAGACAGACUGAAGCUGGAUCAUCAGACUGGAUCUCUGACCAUCACAAACACCAGAAACACUGACUCUGGAGAAUAUAAACUAGAGAUCACCAGCAGAAUCAAUAGCAGCAGCACUGACACCUUCAGGAGCUUCAGUGUUACUGUCAUUGAUGUUCUUGCUGCUGAGAUAAAGGCCAAGUCAGUGAAGGAGGGAGAAUCUGUCACUUUAGAUUCUGGUGAAAUUAAAACCCCUGAUGAUGUGAUCAGAUGGUAUUUUAAUGACCUUGUCAUCACUGGAGAUCAGAGUCAGAUCUGUACAGAUGUUCAGUGUGAUGAGAGAUUCAGAGACAGACUGAAGCUGGAUCAUCAGACUGGAUCUCUGACCAUCAUGAACAUCACAAACACAGACUCUGGAGAAUAUAAACUGAAGAGUAUCAACAUCUUUAGACAUGUGAGGAUUAAGAGAUUCCGUGUUUCUGUCACUGGUGUGGCUCUGUCUUCAUUUACCAUAGCAGGAAUAAGUGCUGCUGUUCUGGUGCUGCUUGUUGCAGUUGCUGCUUUAAUUUACUGUGACAAAAACAAAAAAGAUCCAUGUGCUAAUCUGACUGAUAACAAGACGUCCAGUGUUCCUUUAGUCAGUGGAAAGGGGGAUCAAACUCAAUGAAAGGGUCAAUUACGUUUUAGGUGUUUCAUUUGCUUAAAUAUUGCUUCCAAAAAAGGCCGUUAAGCAAUAAAUCUGUAUUAAAAUAAGAACCAGCAAUAGAUCACAGAGUGCUUGAUGUUUUGCAGUAUGUGUACACUCUUAAAAAUUUUGGGUUGAAAAUAUCCCAUGUUAGGUUGAAAAUGGACAAACCCAGUGACUGGGUUGUUUUGACCCAGCAGUUGGGUUAAAUGUUUGACCAAUGUGCUAGGCAGUUUUAAUUAACUCAAAUAUUGUUUAAAAAUUACUAUAUGGCUAACUUAAAAUGAACCCAAAAUAGAUUGGAAAUUAAAAAUCAGUUACUUUGUGUCAUCUGUUUCCAUCCUGACUGUGUUUACAUGAAUACCUUGACAGGCAGGCAUUAUGAACAAACAAUGUAUUUGACUGCUCACUUAAAAUCAUCUUCACAAAUACACAACUGAGCGUUUGAAGGCAGCUGUCAAUCAAUCAGUACUCAGUUACUGACUCUGCACUACUGAUAAAGACAAGGACAAAUACUGUCAUUUAAUGUUGUAUCAAAUCAAACAUCUUUUUAUUUAAACUUUAUGAAUCACAACUGGGUUAUGUCUUCCUGUUUAAAAUAGUGAUAUUGAGAUGCUGAUUAGAUAAUCUUACUGCCAAAGUAUUGUGUUUAAUGUGAGGAGGAAGAUGAAGAUCUGUGGGGCGUUAAAUAUGAACAUCCAUCUCUGCAUCUCUGUUCAUGAAGCAUGUUUAGUGUGAUGUAUUUAAUGUGUUUUCUUCAUCUGUUUAUGAGCAUUAACACUGUCAUUAUGA